UGAGUGAGAGGCGGCCUGGCUACGAGCCGGGCGGGUCCGGUGACUCCCUUCGAGGCCCCUGGCCGAUCCAGUGCGACAGUGCCGCGGCCUGCGGUAUAGGGCUCCCAGCGGGAGCUGGCCUGACAGGUCCUAUGGAGCUUGGGGCCAAGUAGGGGCGACCUGGGGGAGCAUGCGCUGCCCUUGACAUCCUUGGCCACCCAGACUUAGUCGGUUCGGUUUCGAGCCUGGAUCUCUUAGAAGGGCUGGGCAGUAAUGGCGUGGCUGGGAGCCCUGGGGCAGACGCAGGUUCCGCCUCUAAAUCCUCUACACUUGACACCCAGAGUGUGUGUCUGGAAGGUUGACUUCCAGUUCUUACUAACUGCGUCCAAUAAGUCCAGCAAUUGUUGCAAUAUAAGAGGGACUGGUUGUGGAUGUCCAUCGAGGGCCCCCGGAGGGCGGCACAGCGGCAGAAUCACCUUCCCGAGCGAGCCUGGUAUGAUGCAGGCAGGCAAGGGUUUGUGGCGGGAGCUGAGGGCCCGUUUGGGGUGUGAUAAGAGUAGGCUGCAGAAAAAGAAGUGCUUGCUCAGGCAGUGAAUAAAGGCCAAGCUCUGGACAGGCGCUAAUAGAACUUUCUGUGGCGGUGGCGGUGAUGGCACACCUUGCCUUGCAGUUCAGUGCCGUCCUGUGUGAGCUCUGAAUUCCCGAAGCUGAAAGUUUAGUUUUUAACUUUGUAAAGUUAACCACUCUUGGCUCCUGACUAUGGUGUUGUGCAGCACACCUCUAGAGUGAGACAGACAUCAGGGACUUAGUGCAGUUUCUGUAGCAUCUGCAGCAAUAGCAUGCUACCUAAGGGAUAGACAGCAGUAUGAAUACCUAUAGAGUGAUCUUGGCUAGGACAGUGAUUGCAUAGCAUAGAAGGAUAUGUGGGGUGUGUGUGUGUGUGUGUGUGUGUGUGUGUGUGUGUGUGUGUACAAGAAAGCUAAUGAGACUGAAAAUAAAAGGGAGGAAGCUUGGGCUUAGUGUGACAUCUCUUACUUUCGGGGAAUAAGAGGGAUUUGAGGCUACAGGGAAUGUGGUAUAAGGUCUUGCCUUUUGACUAUGACCUGGACUCCAUGACUAAGGUGUAAAUAUAGGAGUUUUUACUCAAGGCCACCUCACUUUGAAUAUGUUAAUCUGAUUUCCCCAGAGCCAAGGCCUUUAUGGUUCAGCAAAAACACUUUGCACUGGGUCUCUGCUAGGUCCUGUAUGGGGCACUGAGACAGUGUGCAACAUAGUGUCCCUGACAGCAGCCUAGAUCCCAUCCAACAUCCCCGUGUGGAAAGCUGGGAGCCCUUGCUUACCCCUGCCCUAGGCCAGUAUUGUGUGAAUGUGCAUGGCUCAGUCUCACCUGCUCCCAAGCCUUCCUACCAUUUGCAGGACUGAGGUCUGUGUGGGCCUUUGACUAGCCUGGAGUAGACACUCUGCAUCUGGCUCAGCCUCCAGGACCAGUGACUGCCGAUGAGCGGUGAAAGAUGACGUCCAAGGGGGCUGCCAUGUCUUUCUCCCGAAAGAGCUAUAGGUUGACCUCAGAUGCUGAGAAGUCCAGGGUCACAGGCAUUGUGCAAGAGAAGCUACUGAGCGACUACCUGUACCGGAUCUUUUCCUCUCCUGACCAUGGGACCCCUGCAGCCACCAGCAGGAAACCGCUGAACUUCCAUAACCUGCCAGAGCAUGUGGACCAGCUGCUGCAGGUGGACGACGAAGAGAGCCAGGGACAAGUUGAAGGCCGACUUGGCCCAUCUACUGUGGUCCUAGACCACACAGGAGGCUUUGAGGGGCUUCUCCUUGUGGACGAUGACCUCCUGGGGGUGAUUGGACACAGCAACUUUGGCACUAUCCGUUCUUCCACAUGUGUGUACAAAGGGAAAUGGGUCUACGAGGUGCUCAUCUCCUCCCAGGGGCUCAUGCAGAUCGGCUGGUGUACCAUCAACUGCCGCUUUAAUCAGGAGGAAGGGGUUGGAGAUACACACAACUCCUAUGCCUAUGACGGCAACCGAGUGCGCAAGUGGAACGUGACGACGACGAACUACGGCAAGGCAUGGGCAGCGGGGGACAUUGUGAGCUGCCUCAUUGAUCUGGAUGAUGGUACUCUGUCCUUUUGCCUGAAUGGUGUGUCACUGGGCACUGCCUUUGAGAACCUUUCCAGGGGCCUAGGAAUGGCGUACUUCCCAGCCAUCAGCCUGUCGUUCAAGGAGUCUGUGGCAUUCAACUUUGGCAGCCGACCUUUGCGCUACCCAGUUGCGGGCUUCCGGCCCCUGCAGGACCCUCCCUUUGCUGACCUGGUCCGGGCACAGAGGUUGCUGGGCUGCUUCCAGACAGUGCUAAGUGUAGAGCUGGACCCUGUGGAAGGGCGGUUGGUGGAGAAGGAGAGCUCUGAGUGGCAGCUGCACGGGCAGCCCACUGUCCUCCUCACGCUGGCCCACAUCUUCCAUCACUUUGCACCACUGCUGCGCAAGGUGUACCUAGUGGAGGCUGUGCUCAUGAGCUUCCUGCUGGGCAUUGUGGAGAAGGGCACCCCUGAGCAGGCCCAGUCCGUGGUACACCAGAUCUUGGACCUCUUGUGGCUCUUCAUGGAGGACUAUGAAGUUCAGGAUUGCCUCAAGCAGUUGAUGAUGUCUCUGCUACGUCUCUACCGAUUCUCGCCCAUUGUUCCGGACCUGGGUCUACAGAUCCACUACCUGCGCCUCACUAUGGCCGUCCUGAGACAUGAGAAGUCCCGCAAGUUCCUGCUUAGCAAUGUCCUUUUUGACAUGCUCCGGUCCGUGGUCUUCUUUUACAUUAAGAGUCCCCUGCGUGUGGAGGAAGCUGGCCUGAAGGAACUCAUCCCCACCACCUGGUGGCCCCAUCGCUCCAGCAGGGAGGGCAGAGACGGUCAGGAAGCAAAGGAGGAGACCACGGAAGAGCGGCAGCGGAGGAGAGCUUACGAGCGUGGCUGCCAAAGACUCAAGAAACGCAUUGAAGUGGUGGAAGAACUGCAGGUCCAGAUCCUGAAGCUGCUGUUGGACAACAAAGAUGACAAUGGGGGUGAAGCUUCUCGGUACAUCUUUCUGACAAAAUUCCGAAAGUUCCUGCAGGAGAAUGCCAGUGGCCGGGGGAACACACCCGUGCUCUGCCCCCCUGAGUACAUGGUCUGUUUCCUACACCGGCUGGUGUCUGCCUUGCGUUUCUAUUGGGAUGAAUACAAAGCUUCCAACCCCCGUGCUUCCUUUAGCGAUGAGGCUUAUAUCCCGCCUCAGAUCUUCUAUAAUGGCAAGGUGGACUACUUCGACCUUCAGCGCCUCGGGGGCCUCCUCUCACACCUUCGAAAGACCCUUAAAGAUGACCUUGCUUCCAAAGCCAAUAUCGUGAUUGAUCCCCUGGAGCUCCAGGCAGCCACCAUGGAUGACCUGGAUGAGGAUGAAGAGCCGGCCCCCACAGCAGCCCAGCGUCCCGUGCAAGCACUGGCCAUAGGAGGGGCCCUGCCCCUGCCCCGGCCUGGCUGGCUAAGUUCUCCAACCCUGGGCCGAGCCAACCGUUUCCUCAGCACAGCAGCCGUGAGCCUCAUGACCCCACGGCGGCUUCUGAGCACCAUGGAGAAAGUAAAAGUUCGCUCCCUGAAUGUGGAACAGAGGACCCGUGAGGACAUUGAGGGCAGCCACUGGAAUGAGGGUCUGCUGUUGGGGAGGCCCCCUGAAGAGCCUGAGCGGCCGCUUACGGAAAACUCGCUGUUGGAAGUUCUGGAUGGCACAGUCAUGAUGUACAGUCUGAGCGUUCACCAGCAGCUGGGCAAGAUGGUGGGUGUGUCUGAUGAUGUCAACGAGUAUGCAAUGGCCCUGAGAGACACCGAGGACAAGCUACGUCGGUGCCCUAAGAGGAGGAAGGAUAUCCUUGCAGAGUUGACCAAGAGCCAGAAGGUUUUCUCAGAAAAGCUGGACCACCUGAGCCGCAGGCUUGCCUGGGUCCAUGCCACCGUCUACUCACAGGAGAAAAUGCUGGAUAUCUACUGGUUACUGCGUGUCUGCCUACAGACCAUUGAGCAUGGGGAUCGCACAGGAUCUCUCUUUGCCUUCAUGCCCGAGUUUUACCUAAGUGUGGCUAUCAACAGCUACAGUGCCCUUAAGAAUUAUUUUGGCCCUGUGCACAGCAUGGAGGAGCUCCCAGGCUAUGAAGAGACCCUGACCCGCUUAGCUGCCAUCCUCGCCAAACACUUUGCUGACCCUCGAAUAGUAGGCACUGACAUUCGAGACUCGCUGAUGCAGGCCCUGGCCAGUUACGUGUGUUACCCACAUUCCCUGCGGGCCGUGGAACGGAUCCCCGAGGAGCAGCGCAUCGCCAUGGUGAGGAACCUUUUGGCCCCCUAUGAGCAACGACCCUGGGCCCAGACCAACUGGAUCCUGGUGCGGCUUUGGAGGGGCUGUGGUUUUGGGUACCGCUACACACGGCUGCCACAUCUGCUGAAAACCAAGCCAGAGGAUGCUAAUUUGCCAAGCCUCCAAAAGCCCUGCCCUUCAACCUUGCUACAGCAGCACAUGGCAGACCUUCUGCGACAAGGUUCUGAUGUGGCACCAAGCUUCCUCAACAGCGUCCUUAACCAGCUCAACUGGGCCUUCUCUGAGUUCAUCGGCAUGAUCCAGGAGAUUCAACAGGCUGCUGAACGCCUAGAGCGAAACUUUGUGGACAGCCGGCAGCUCAAGGUCUGUGCCACCUGCUUCGACCUGUCAGUCAGCUUGCUGCGCGUCUUGGAAAUGACCAUCACACUGGUCCCUGAAAUCUUCCUUGACUGGUCCCGCCCUACCUCUGAGAUGCUGCUUCGGCGUCUUGCACAGGCUUCUGCCCUCACAGCUGCUGAACCAGGUGCUGAACCGGGUGACAGCUGAGAGGAACCUGUUUGACCGUGUAGUCACGCUGCGGCUACCUGGGCUGGAGAGUGUGGACCACUACCCUAUCUUGGUGGCAGUGACCGGCAUCCUGGUACGCCUCCUGGCACACGGUCCAUCCUCAGAGUGAGU